AUGUCUUAUAGUACUCGUCCAAAUUUCUUUGUUGUUAAUUUUAAAAUAAUCCUCGUUGCCAUCGUUGUAACUGUUGCUGCACAGGAGCAUCAUGAGCACCACCACCACGCCUCCUCCUCACAGAACAUCAAGCAAUACCACGGGAAAGCCACUGAGAAACACGUCGAGUACUAUUCCCACCCUAAGUACGAGUUCGCGUACAAAGUGGAGGACCCUCACACCGGUGACAAGAAGUACCAACACGAGGCGCGCGACGGUGACGUCGUGAAGGGCGUGUACAGUCUUCACGAGCCCGACGGUACUGUCAGGAUCGUGGAGUACCAUGCUGACAAGAAGACUGGAUUCAACGCUAACGUCAAGCGUGAGGGUCAUGCCAAACACAUUGUUCCUGAACACCACCACUGAUUCCAAAUGUUAUUUUACCGUUAUCAUCAUGCACCUAAUUGUAAU